AUGAAUGGAGCAAUUGUGGCAUUGGGACUCGCGACAGCAAUUUCCAUCAUAAUAAUAGGUUUAUCAAUCCUUCGCACUUCAUCGCAAUCAAAUAAUUUAUCAGAAUUCGAAAUAUAUCUAAAUCUCGACACUAGCAACUUGGAAGAAGAUUUAAACGAUAUCCUCUCAUUUAUUCCACUCGAUGAAGUUAAACAAAUAAUUUACACUUACGCAUCAAAUGAUAAUCAAAUUAACGAAACAAUAAUAUUCAUAAAUGACAUGAAAAUUUAUAUUCUAAGAGAAUUCAAAAAAUUACCGAAUAUCGAUUUUUUUAAACACAUUUUACAACAAAAUGGACUCAAGACACAACACUUGUUCGAUGAAAUUCAAAAAUUUUGGAAUAAUAUUCCAUCCGAUGGGAAUAGAGUGAGAAAUAAUAGUGAUUACUACGGUGGUCUUACUUCGAUGAUUAAUGCAAUUUUGGGUAAAAUAAAAAUGAACGAUCUACAUUUACUUCUUUGUUCAAAAGUCAUUGAAUCGAGAAGUUUUCGCCAUUUUCUCCUUCUUCUAAUGUCACGUGAAUUCGAUGAAUUUUGUCAAGGAAUUGACGAGAGUCAGGAAUUUCAACGAUUAUUUCAUUGGGCAAAAGAGGCGAAUAUUGAAAUUAUUUUUGCCAUUGAACUCUUAACGCAUUUUCAUUCAUAUUUGACAACAAAACUUUUCAUGGACAUCGUUCAUUGAUUCGA